GCAAACUCAUACAGCUAGAGGAAAGACCAUUCUCAACCAGGACGUCUCCCCUGCAGUUGUAUACAGGAGGCCAAGGCACUGCGUGUCUCUUGGAUCACACUGAACAUUUUGUGAGCUACAGCCUAGUGAUUUUUUUCCCACGCUUUUCUUAGCAUCUACAGUGCACAGUCUCUCUGAGGAAUUACCCUCCUUCAAACACAGAAAGAAAAUACAACAGCAACCGGCAUUGGGAUAGGCAUCCAUCAUGAGUAAUGGAAGAUGGGUGGGAACGUGGAGGCCUCAUCGUCCAAGGGGCCCCAUCCUGGCCCAAUAUACGAGUCCAGGACCAAAGUACUACUUACAAGGAGCAACAGGUUAUGUUUCACACAUCCCGACGAAAAGAAAAGCCCCUGCCUACAGUAUGCACGGCUCAAGACCUCCACUCAGCAAAGAGUGCUCUCCAGGUCCUUACCCUGUACAGAGCUCUAUGACCAAUCGAGGAAGGAAAUCUGCUCCGGCUUAUACAAUGGCCAGUCGACCCAGAGUGAGAGUGGAGAUCACUCCAGGUCCCGCCUCCUACUCUCCAGAGAAAUCUCGAAAAAUUAUUUAUAAAUCUGCACCUGUGCAUUCCAUGGCAUUCAGGACCCAUGGCGCCAAAGUAGAUAACACACCAGGGCCUAACACUUACAUGAUCCCUGAGGUGCUCGGACCACACACAGUGGCCACCACUGCCAGCCCUUCGUACUCCAUGGCAAGGAAGAGUAAACUUGGAUGUUUUCAUGAAGAUCUUCAUAAGACACCAGGUCCUGCAGCAUAUCAGAAGCCACCUACAGAGGUUUAUAAGAAGAGGGCACCCAAGUAUUCCAUGGGCACCCAAAGUAAGGCUCUACAAAAAGAAAAAAGACCUGGGCCCGCAGACUAUAUAGUAGGAAAGGUAUCACUGAUCAAAUCUUGCGCUCCAGUUGUAAGUUUUGGAAUCAGACACUCUGAUUAUACAACACCUGUGAUUGUGGAUGCCUACUGAAGUCCCUGCACAGAAAUCAAACUGAUUAUUCUACCACUUUUUAACUAUCAUGUUUCUCCAUAUUUUUAAGUGGCCCAUAAAUGUGGGCACCAACAGACCAUUUCAAGUAUUUGGAAGCAGGUUAUUAUUCAAGACAGAUGUUCUAAUCUCUGAUGAAGGAAUGUGCCAGUCCCCUCAUGUGAUGAGGAUUCACUGCACACUUGCCUGGAGUGCCUAUUAGAUGCCUAUUUAAAUUCUGACACUAGUGUACAGACAAUAGUUUUGUUAUUCAGAAGUUGGGAUUUGAUACGUUGUUUUCUUGCAUGUAUCUAUUUUGUAUAUUCCUUUUGUUGUUUUCAUAUAUGUAAUGUGCUUUGAGAGAAAUAAAUCAGGAAAUAAAUAUUUAUUUGAUGUGGUAAGUUUCUAAUAAAACUUAGAAAAAACACUAUACAAAUUGUAAUAAAUAGAUCCAAAAUAAAAAAUAGACAUAUUUUCACAGAAAUAGCAAUAUGAUAAAACUAUAUAUUGCAGCUGAGUAAGGCACCACCUUCCUAUUAGUAUAGCUGAAUCGUCACAGUAGCAACAGCCACCACUGACAUUGAAACAAAAGUUAACUUCAGUUUUAAGUCUUCAUGGAGAAGACCCUUGAGCCAAUAAGAAUGCUGCUUUAACAAGCCCCAUUUAUUCAAAAGUCUACUCUAAGGGAGAUUAAUGUCUGCAAUUAGCCCAGGAUCUCCUCAGUUCUUUUGCUUGUCAUCCUCUAAGUGUUAUUCUUUAAAAAUCCUCUGGUUUAUGAAUGUGAGGUAUUGAGCUUCUGUACCCAUGAUUCAAUGAUUCAAAAAGCCGG